UUGAAUAACUAACAAUAAGCCAAAUAAAUUGCGACAAUCUAAACCACCACCAAGCCCCGCCUAAAAGAAAAAUAGCGGAUCGUGUGAGAGCAAGAGAGGAAAACGGUAUUUGUGGCGCUCUUUCUCUCCGUCCUCUCUGUGGCCCCAACUAGGGGCCCCACACUCAUUGUCGUCGUAGUUUUGGAGCCAAGUGAAUCUGUCGACUACUGCCGCUCUGGGAGUCCCGUUCCGUCUGCAGCAGCGUCAGGUUUGAAAGAUUCGUUCGUCGCCGCCUUCCAUCGCGUACACACUCGUCGCCUACGUCUACGUGCCAUUUGUUUUUCGAAAAAUCUGCAUAAAUUCGACGCGUCCGUCUGAAACUGCAUAAAAAUAGCAGAAGCCAGCAAGGCGAAAAUAUAUUUCGGCUUAACAAGUGUGUGGCGCGCGAUUGGCUCGUUUAUUGUUAAUACAGCAGAAACAGGAAAUCUGCUGUCGUCGUCGUCGUCGUUGUUGGGUGUUCACUGUGCAUUUAAAGUUAUCAUUUUUAACGUGUGUGCCCGGCCGCUGGUGUGCCAAUAGUAGGAAAUUCUCUAGCCAGGCCAGUGCAUAUAAAUAUAUCUAAAAUCCAUCUAAUUAUAAAUUUAAAAAAAAAUCCCAUCAACUCUAUCACACACUGAAUGUCCGAGAAUAAAGGCAUCAUGCUGGCCAAAUCUGUUCAAAAACACGCUGGACGUGCCAAGGAGAAGAUUCUACAAAACUUGGGAAAAGUGGAUCGGACUGCAGACGAAAUCUUCGACGAUCACUUGAACAACUUCAAUCGCCAACAAACGAGUGCCAACAGAUUACAGAAGGAAUUCAACAAUUAUAUAAGAUGUGUUCGCGCUGCACAAACCGCCUCCAAGUCCCUGAUGGAUGCCGUGUGCGAGAUCUACGAGCCACAGUGGAGCGGCUACGAAGCCCUGCAAGCACAGACAGGCGCCUCGGAGAGCUUGUGGGCGGACUUUGCACAUAAACUGGGGGACCAAGUGCUCAUACCACUCAAUACAUACACCGGACAGUUUCCCGAAAUGAAGAAAAAAGUUGAGAAGCGCAACCGAAAGCUGAUUGACUACGAUGGCCAGCGCCAUUCGUUCCAAAAUCUCCAGGCCAAUGCCAACAAACGCAAAGACGACGUCAAGCUGACCAAGGGACGCGAACAGCUGGAGGAGGCCCGACGCACCUACGAGAUCCUCAAUACGGAACUGCACGACGAGCUGCCUGCCCUGUACGACUCGCGAAUACUGUUUCUGGUGACCAACUUGCAGACGCUCUUUGCCACCGAGCAGGUCUUCCACAACGAAACGUCCAAGAUAUACUCGGAACUGGAGGCGAUUGUUGACAAACUGGCCACAGAAUCGCAGCGCGGCUCUAACACGCUGCGCAAACAAACAAGCAAUGCCAUCAAGACGUCGAGUCCAGUGCAGUCGCCGGUGAACAAGCUGAACAAUGCCAGCAUCAACAGCACCAACUACCAGAAUCAAAUUACCACCAAUGGGGGCUCCAGUCUGGCGAACAGCCCAACCUCCACGAGCUCGUCCCAGCAAGAGCCGAGAUUUGAUUCCAUUUCUUCAACGCCAGAACCAACGCCGGAGUCGCCGUCGCCGCCGCCAAAUUUAAAGCAGCGCAACAGCAGCAGCAGUCCAGUGCCAAGCAGUCCUACGCCUGCGGAUGCAGUGAAUGGUUUGACCACCACAAGCAGCGCCCAAGCAGUGGACACGGCCGAGCUUAGCAGUCCGAAUGCCAACACAAAGAUCACAACAACCACACAGACAACGACAGUGACAAAGACGGAGCAGAAAACAGCAGCAGCAGCAGAAGAGGGAGCAGCAGCAGCAGAAGCAGCAUCACCCCUCCAGGUGAACGGUAAUGGAAACAACAACAAUCAAUCCCCGGCCAGCAGUGCCAGUGCACAGGCAAAGGAAAAGGAAAGCAACAGCAGUGCCAGUGCCAGUGCCAGUGGCGGUGCCGGCAAACAUCCCAAAGAGCUGCCCACAACAACAACGAAUGCCGAAGCAGCGGCCGAAGCGGCAGCCAAUAACGGCAACUCAAUCGAGGAGCACAACAAGAAGAAAUUAGGUAAUGCAACAGCGAUGGGCGUCACCACAACAACCACUACUACUACCACCAAGCACUUAGUUACAUCAACAGAUACAGAUACAGAAACAGAUAAAGAUAAAGAUACAGAUACUCAUACAGUUACAAAUACAAGUACAAGUAGAGGCAGCAAUCAGAUCAGUAGGCAAUUAGUUGAUAGACAAACCGUUAAUAAUGCUAAUAAGAAUCCGUUCGAAGAGGACGAUGAGCGUAUCUACGAGGUGCCCAAUGAUGCCAACACGGCUGACCUACCGGCCGGCGUGCUCUACCGGGUGAAGGCCACCUACGGCUACGUGAAGGAGGAUGUGGACGAGCUGAGCUUUGAGAUCGGGGACACCAUUCGCGUGAUCGAGUACGAUGAUCCCGAGGAUCAGGAGGAGGGCUGGCUAAUGGGUCAGAAGGAAGGCACCAGCGAGAAGGGACUCUUCCCCGCCAACUUUACGCGCCCCAUCUGAGCGGAGGUGGACGCGCGGAGCCGCAGCUGAGAACCAAUCCACCAAAACAGCCACACAAACAGCAGUCUCCACCCCACCCAACACUUUGUUAUACCAUAAUAAUUAUCUACAAAACGGAAAUCCCAAUCCAAACUUUCGGCCAAACUUUCUUUGUAAGCGCUGCGUCAGUUUUUGUCCCAUUAUUAAAAAAUUCUUGUUCUGUGGAAACGCAUUCUUUCGAUUAGCAAUCCUUCGAUUGUUAGAUUAGAGCAGUGCUUCCAGUUAUUAUUAAUUAUUAUUGUUAAAGAGAACACCACACAAAGGGAAAUCGAAGCAUAAACAACACACACACACACAGACACACACUUUGAGGAUGUUUCAAAUUUUAUUUUCUAGUUUUAAGUCUCGGCAAAGCAAAUCAACGUAUAAAUACAUACAUACAUACAUACAUACAUACAUAUAUUAUUUGUUAAAACUACUAUUGUGCUCAUAAUUAAUGCGAACAAAAUGUGUAUUAUGUUAAAGGCAAACAAACAAACAAACAAACCCACACACAAAUUCAACGCAUAUCACUCGAAAGCAAAGAGUAAUUGUUAAACAAAAAUUAAGAAACAAAAGAAGCAUGAAGGAAGAAGGAAGAAGGAAAAGGAGGAUAACGGAUAACCUUAACCUGAACAUUUUGUAUGUGUAUUUUGCAAAUAUGUAGUACGAGUUUUUUAUAGUCAAUUGUGUGUAGCGUAUCUGGAGUGAACGGCCAGGCCAGUAAAAGGAAAUUCACAUCGGGUGCCUCCAGGAUUUUGAUUUGGAAAUGAAAAUUGUUUUCAAAUAAUAAAUUGUAAUUGUAUUGUUUCUUAAUUAUUUUUUUUGUUAAACCAACUCGAACUAGCGCCAGCUUUAUAACACGAGAACAAUCCAAUAGUCACUAACAGAUCGAUUCGAGGUUUUAUUUUACUUUAAUUGAUUGUAAAUCGAAUGAAUUGUUUGACCCGAACCGAAAUAAUUGUUUAAAUUGUGCACACUGUAAAGUUAUUAUUUAAAUUUUAUUUAAUUAAUUUAAACACUUAUUUAUCGCAUGAAUAUAUUGAACAAAUGAUAAUAAUUUACAGCAAUGCAAAUAAAACAUAGAUUAAACGAA